AUGCCACUAGGUUUUUAUCUUGAAACUCCACAAGGACGUCGGAAAUCAGUGACGUUACCUACUAAUUUUGGUUUAGAUGAUUUUCGACAUUUAAUCGAAAAAAAAGUUGGAAAUCCUGAACAUUAUGAUUAUUCUCUUGGUGAUGUUAUUUUUCGUACAUGGGAUGAAGAAUCUUUCAAUCGACAACGGAGUGCUAUUCAUGAUGAUAUUACUCUUAUAAUACAAUAUCCACCUGUUGGAUCUAAUAGCCCACCUUGGCGACAAGCAUCAUUCGGUUUAUGUCUUGAAGGUGUUUGUUUAAAUGCACAAUGUCAAGCUUUCGAACAUAAAGUUAUUAAAAAUCAAGGUAUUGGAAAAUUUAAUAUUAUCAAUAAUUCAAUUAUAAUCACAUCAGAAUGUCCAUUAUGUAAUAUAUCUAUUCAACCGACGGUUUGUGCUUUUUAUCAAUGUUCAUGGAAAGUAUCCGGUGUGAAAUUGGAUGAAUCAAAUAAAAUGUUAUCAUCUACAAAAGCUAUUGAUUGGCAAACUACAACACAUGAUUACUAUCGAUGGGAAGAUAAUUUAACAUCAUGGACACAAUUAACUAUUGAAACUAGAAUAAUGUAA